AGAAAUCAUCCGGCGCUACAAGUGCAGAUGUUGACAGAGCAAACAGAGUGAAACACAGCAUCUCCGCGUUUAUAACCUAAACUGGACUGUUUCUGGAAAAGGACGCACUCGUUAUUUUAACGUUACUUUCAACAUGGGGAAAGUUGAAGGCGGAAUGAAAUGCGUGAAAUAUCUCCUGUUUUUGUUCAACUUUAUAUUCUGGCUGAUGGGUUCGUUGGUUCUGGCUGUAGGACUCUGGCUAAGACUCGAUACAAAUACUGUCUCUCUGUUGGGGGAAAAUGGACCAGCUACAUUCUUUAUCGGUGUUUAUAUCCUUAUUGGGGCUGGUGGUCUGAUGAUGCUGGUGGGCUUUUUUGGAUGCUGUGGUGCCGUGAGGGAGUCUCAGUGCCUUCUUGGAAUGUUUUUCGCUUGUCUUCUGACCAUCUUUGGAGCAGAAGUUGCAGCCGGGGUGUUUGGCUUUCUAAAUAAAGAUGAGAUCAUUUCAGAAAUAAAAACGUACUAUGACAAAUCUGAAAACAACAACAACACUGCAACCAUCCAGUCGUAUUAUACCAUUUUGAACUGCUGUGGCUCAGCUUCAAAAAGCCCCAGUUCGUGUCAAGGAUUUUCAAACAAGACAAAUAAAUGUGAUUCGGCCAUUGAAGAGUUUUUCAACAGUAAACUCUUCAUCGUGGGAUAUGUAGGAAUUGGAAUCGCUGGAGUCAUGAUUAUCGGCAUGGUUUUCAGUAUGGUUCUAUGCUGUGCAAUCCGUAACAGCAGGGAGGUGAUCUAACACCGUUCUUCUCAUCCUUAAGUGACCUUUCACCUUUGACACUUAACCUUUGCUGGACAUACACCACCAUUUGGGCUAAGUUCAAGAAGUUCCACUCAUUCCACCAUGUAAACUCAGGACAACAAAACUCUUUUCACUUCCAAAAUGUAGCCCCUCUCUCAUUUACUUCAUCACAUCGCUGGACUGUAUUUAUUUAUGCCUGCUGGUUAGGUGCGUAGCUUUUCCAUAAGCAACAAAAAUAAGAUAUCAUUUUAAUACUUUUAAAAUCUUUUUAACAUAAUUUUACAUUAAACAUACAAAUGAAGUGCAUAGCUUUUCCAUAUGCCAUAAUCUGAUCAGGUCUCCCUCGAAACCAAAAGCUUUGCAUGUAAACGCUUGUGUGUUAUUCUUGGCAGUUACUAUGUGGCGUCACAUGUCAGAUAAAAAUAUGAUGUAAUGUGAAGCCAGGGGUUCUGUGGCAUGCCCAUGGCGAGUGGGUUUAAUGAUCUCUUACCCAGAGACACCAACAAAACAGUCUUUUACAUCGCAGAGACAUUCCAAUACAGAAAUCUAAUGGUUUACAUGUGCAAACUUGCAUGUUGAAGAGCUGACGUUUUUAGUAAACUCUUUUUUUGGUUUGGUUUACCUAGAAUUUCUAUUUAAAAGAAACGUAGAACAAAAUGUAGCAAAUUUCCUGUUUAGUGUUGGGACUCAUGCAAAGAUGAUCAGGUUUCUGUUGAGGUUUCUGCAGUUCAUUUGCAAUAUCCAUAAUGGUACAGCCCAGUAUCCUUGGGCUUGUUGAAGCCAAAUCUUCUCAUAUAAUAUACAUGGCAAAUGUUUUGGUGUAGAGUUUCCUGGCUAUUUUACUUGCGUAACUAAAUAAAGACUCUACACUAAAGACACUGUGGUUGCAGACUGGUGAACCUGAAAACUGAAGGACAGUAAAUUAAAUUAAUUAGACAAAAAUAUAAAACUUCAAUCUGAAUCAGUAAAUGUUUGAUUUUUUUAGGGUAGCUGAUAUCAAAUUUCAAGUAGCGAGAGCUGCGUUUUGCAGUGUGACUUGAAAUUAUUGAAAUGAUUAUUUUAAAAUUGUCCAGUUGAUCGCAUAUUAAAGGAGCCGUAGAAUGUAUUUACAUAGGCAUAGAUGAAUAAUACGAGUUCGGACAUAAUGACAUAUCAUGAGACUUAAACACGAAUGUUUCCCUUAUUUUUAUGUAAACCUUGUGUGUGCAAAAGACCGCUGGAAAACCGGCCAAUCUCAACAUAACACAGACUGUGACGUUAAACCCGAGAUGUACGGCCCAACAUUAAAGGUAUAGCGGAAGAAUUUCCCAAAUUUUUUUGGACAUUUAGAAAAAAUACGGUGAGAACGCAAGCUUCAAUGAAUGGCUGGAAUCGUAGCCCACCACACAUAUACACUUGAAAGUGCGCAUGCGCAGAAAGGGAACCUAGGUACAAGCACGGCCUUACGUAAACCUAUCAUCAGAAUGAUUGACAACUGGGAUGACCAAUAGUCUUGAUAAUCCACCCGGAAAAAGAAAAUCUUUCUUUUUAAUCUUUCAUUAAUUUAAUUACAAUAUUUAACAAUGCUAAAAACAAAGUUGUAAUUGCUGAGUUAGCGAUAUACCCUAGUUAAUGCUAUAUGCUAACAUUUAUGCUGAAGUUCUACUAUUGACGUUAAAGUUACGUUUUGCAGGUCCAUACUGAAAAAACACAAACGUACCACUCAUAAACGUCCAUUAACACUCUCCAAAUAAUUUAUUUUUCCUUAAAAUCUGAUAAGACACACACAGAGCUACUAAAUGAGCAGCUCUGAAAAACAGCCAAUCAGAGCAAAGCUGAACAUUAUUAUUCAUGACCCUUUCAAAUAAGGUAAUAAUCAACCAUUUCAUUCUGGGGAUCAAUCCUAGAGUUGUAAAUGGACAUGUAAAACUGUCUCUGAAAAGGUUUGUCACCACUUCUACAUACCUUCAUAUCAGAGAACAUUUUAACAUAUUAUUCAAUGCAUUCUUUGGCACCUUUAAGGUUGAAAGUGUGAUAUUUUCCACCAUUAUUGUGUGGCAAAAUUAGGAUUUCUUUUAAAUGUAAAUAUUGUUAACUUAUUACAGCACCUUAAAUACUGUACAGCAUAAAAACUUUGCUUUAAAGGAGCUCCACAUUGCCACACAUGAGCAGAAAUUGGCUUAGUCCUUAAGUUUUUAUUUCAUGAAACAUACUGUAUAUAUAUAUAUAUAUAUAUAUAUAUAUAUAUAUAUAUAUAUAUAUAUAUAUAUAUAUAUAUAUAUAUAUAUAUAUAUAUAUCUGUGCAAGGUUUAGGACCUGUUUACAUUAGUGCAUUUUUGUUUUAAAAUGGCUUUUUAAAAUCAAAAUGACCCUUUUCAUUCAUGCACUUGUGCAUGUGCUGUAUGCAGCCACAGUGUUAUAACUGCACAGUGGCUUUUAGCUUUUUUGUAUUGAAUUUCAAAACUAAGCCUCUGGCGUGAAUAUAUACUGCAUGUGAUGAAAGCGGACAAGCAGCUAAAAUGGAGUGCUCACAACGAUAUUUUGGUAUAGUGUUUAUAAUCUGUGGCAAUAGCUGGUGUAGUACUAUUUUUAUUUGUAGUACUGGUGUUGCAUUAUUUAGCCUGCAACCUUAGUUAAUGCUUAAAAGAGCGUUUGAACAUUUUCAAGGCUUGCCGUUCCAUCUCCAUGUUGUUUACACGGUCGUUGCGGCUGGCCAUUGUCAUCUUUCGGUAGCAUAAUGGACGAUCCAGGGAAGAAUGUGAAAUGAUCCAUGAGACCCAAUCAGGAAGCGAACGUGGGCACUCACGCUUUUGUUUACAAGUGUCCGGUAAGGUCCAACUUUACUGCAUUUUUAAAUUAAAACAGGGUCUGCAGUUUUCACUUAAAUCUCAGUUUAUGAGCGUGGAAAACUUGCGAGUAAUGUGGAUGCCAGGCGUAACAGUAACAAAAGUAAUGCGCUUUAAAAUGCACUAAUGUAAACGUAUAUGCUUUCUGUAGUUAUAGUUAUCAUAAAGAUUUGUGUGGUUAAUGUGUAUAGAGGCAGAUUUGGUUAGUGUACAGUAUAUAGAUUUUGAUUUUAAUAUUAAAGUGCAAUUUUUUAUUUAUCCUAAAAGACAGCUUAAUAUUUUGUUGAGUUUUUUAUGUUGAAUGUUUUAUAUUAUUAUUAUUAUUUGUAAUUUAUAGAGGGGCAACCGUUAGUUGGUCAGACAUUUCUGCUGGUGCAUCACUGCUGAAGGGCAUUUUAAAGGUUAAUAAACAGUAACACAAGAAAGAGUGUCAGUCAUCUUAAAAGUGUUCACAUUUAAUGUUGCUUCAGAUCUGUGUUGUUCUAAUAGCAACAAACAACUCAGUUCAAUUGUAUUUGUUCAAAAUGUAAAACAACAUGAAGCGUGUAGUGUACUGUAGCUUGGCUUUGUUGUAAACAAUGUUUGUGUGUUAUUCCUGCUAUUUGUGUAAACGAUGUAUAGAUGUUGUGUACUGUAAACACAAAUAACACUGCAGGUGUUGAUGUUGAUGUUCAUAAAUUGUGUGUUAUAUUUAUUUUGAUAAAUGGAGUCAAAACAGCAUCCAGGUUUCUCAGGAACAUUGCUGCAAGAAAAAAAAUAAACUGUCUUGAAAUUUUUUAUUGUUCUGUUUUUGUUGUUUCUUUUUUUUCAGAUUGGCAUUGUUUUGUAUGGCUGUUAAAGUUUAUGCAUGCAAAAAAUUAAAUGAACUCAUUCCC